CCCUCCCCCUCCCUCGCCGGCUCCGGCGGUGCGUGCGGGGCCGGCCCGGCGAGGAGGCGGGACACGUCGGCGCUGCCACCGCCGCCGCCGCUCCUCCUCCAGUUCCAGCGGCCGCCGCCGCCGCCGCUUCCUGGGUUGAGUCCGCCCGCGGUCCCGGCGGCUCCAGGUGUGUUCUCGCUGUCCAGCUCCUGCCCGAGUCCGCCGCCGCCGUAGCUGCCCCGGGCUCCCCGCCCCGCUGCCGAGAUGGCGACGCGCUCCUGCCGGGAGAAGGCUCAGAAGCUGAACGAGCAGCACCAGCUCAUCCUGUCCAAGCUGCUGAGGGAGGAGGACAACAAGUACUGCGCCGACUGCGAGGCCAAAGGUCCUCGAUGGGCUUCCUGGAAUAUUGGUGUAUUUAUUUGCAUCAGAUGUGCUGGAAUCCAUAGAAAUCUUGGAGUUCAUAUAUCCAGGGUCAAGUCAGUCAACCUAGAUCAAUGGACACCGGAACAGAUACAGUGCAUGCAAGAUAUGGGAAAUACUAAAGCAAGACUACUCUAUGAAGCCAAUCUUCCAGAGAACUUUCGAAGACCACAGACAGAUCAAGCAGUGGAAUUUUUCAUCAGAGAUAAAUAUGAAAAGAAGAAAUACUAUGAUAAAAAUGCAAUAGCUAUUACAAAUAUUUCUUCUUCUGAUGCUCCUCUUCAGCCUUUGGUAUCCUCGCCUUCUCUACAAGCUGCUGUUGAGAAAAACAAAUUGGAGAAAGAAAAGGAAAAAAAAAAGGAAGAGAAAAAGAAAGAAAAGGAGCCAGAAAAGCCUGCAAAACCUCUUACAACUGAAAAGCUGCAGAAGAAAGAAGAGCAGCAGUUGGAGCCCAAAAAAAGUACUAGCCCUAAAAAAGCUGCAGAGCCCACUGUUGAUCUUUUAGGACUUGAUGGCCCUGCUGAGGCACCAGUGACCAAUGGGAACACAACCACAUUGCCGUCCCUGAAUGAUGAUCUAGACAUCUUUGGACCAAUGAUUUCUAAUCCCUUACCUGCAACUGUCAUACCCCCAGCUCAGGGGACGCCCUCUAUACCUGCAGCUGCCACUCUGUCUACAGUAAUAUCUGGAGAUCUGGAUCUGUUCACUGAGCAAGCUACAAAGUCAGAAGAGGUGGCAAAGAAACAACUCUCCAAAGACUCCAUCUUAUCUUUGUAUGGUACAGGAACCAUUCAGCAGCAGAGUACUCCUGGUGUGUUUAUGGGACCCACAAAUAUACCAUUUACCUCACAAGCACCGACUGCAUUUCAAGGUUUUCCAUCAAUGGGUGUGCCUGUGCCUACCCCUGCAGCUCCUGGCCUUCUCGGAAAUGUGAUGGGACAGAGUGCAAGCAUGAUGGUGGGCAUGCCCUUGCCCAAUGGGUUUAUGGGAAAUGCACAAACUAGUGUGAUGCCACUUCCUCCAAAUGUGGUUGGCCCCCAAGGAGGAAUGGUGGGACAGAUGGGUGCACCCCAGAGUAAGUUUGGCCUGCCGCAAGCUCAACAGCCCCAGUGGAACCUCUCACAGAUGAAUCAGCAAAUGGCUGGCAUGAGUAUCAGUAGUACGAACCCAACAGUGGGUUUUGGCCAGCCCCCCAACACAACAGCAGGAUGGUCUGGAAGCUCAUCGGGUCAGACUCUCAGCACACAGCUGUGGAAAUGAAAACUGCAAUGCAAGUUUCAUCCAGAACUACCACCUGACAUUCCUUGCUAAAAUGCAUCUAGUUCCCCUGUUUAUUCAUGUACAUAUAUAUUUUUUCUUUUUCCCCAUUUGUUCCUAUUAAGAAUUAUCUGACUGACCGUGUUGGUCUGUACUGAUUAAAUUUGAUGUGAAAAGCAGGUUGAGAAACCAUUUUAUGUCAAGGGCAGCUUUGCUCAUUUCCCAUGAUUUCAUAAACCACAUUAUUUGAGAAGCUGCUCAGUCAACUUGCAUAAUCAGUUUUACUCUCAAUAAAAUUAUAGCUGUAAUGUCUGCAUAUAAGGGAAGUAGUUAUCAUGUUAGUAAUACCUCUAACAGUAUAAACACCACCCCCAAAUUAGCCAGUAAUCCUUAGGAAGGUACUGUAUGAUCAAAUGUUUCAUCAUAUAAAUAGAAUGUAAAUGUAUCACUGAGCACUGUUUUCUAGUGUAUCAAAAUUCUUCUAUUUCUUCAUUCACUUCACUGUGCUGUUGUUAUGAUGUGCUUAACAGGGAACGUGGUUAGUGAAAGGAAGAUAAACCUGGAUGUUACUACAAAACUUAGUUUAACGAAUGUUUAAAGAACUCAAAUUUCAUCUGCCUCUCCUGUAAUUUGGAUCUCUUCUUAUGUACAUAGUGCCAGUAACAUGAAGACCUUUCUCUGCACUGUAUGCAAACAGGGUAACUAAACAAGCCACUUUCAAUCCUUGAAGGUAUAUCCAGGUUUAUGACAGUAAUUGUGUUUACAUUUUAUGGUGCCUAGUAUUGACAAAAUGUUAUAUCCCUAUAUUAAACAGAUGAAUCCAUAGACCUUUUUAUUUUUGUGGGUUUUAUUUCCUACAAUGUAUGCUGCCACCAACCUUACAAAACUUAAAACAUUGCGAAGUGAGUGACUGGGAACAUUUAGUGGGCAAAAUGCCUGUCAUUUGUUUCUAAAACCUGCUCAGUUCUACCAAUUAUAAGGCCAAAUGGGAAGAACAAAAAGUACGUAAGAUACUCACAAUCGUAUCCUCCAGUGUCACUAGCCGUACUGUACAAAGAACUGCCAGUUUAGUUGUAGGGAAGACAUGCAGAACAAGUGAAGACAAAAACAUACAUUUGAUCCCGUCCCGUCAGCUGUGUUAGCGGACAGACCAGCUCUGUUGAAACAGGUGUCCGUCAGAUGACAACAUAGGCUGUCGUACCGAAGUCAAGCGCACAAUACCUGAACGUUCUGCAGCCUGACCUCCGGACUCCUCUUCCACGUCCAUUAGCCAGGCAAACUGCACCACUUGCUGCUUCAGUUUAUACCUCAAUUUUCACUGUGUCCAGGCGGUACUUUGGCUCGUUGGCUAGAUUAACCUUCUCUGUCCGAGUGUGCCACACGAGAACCUAGAGGGGAGGGAAAUCUUUUGGGUAGCCACACUUCUUAAUGCUGACACCGAACAAGGUCAAGCAGCACAAGUGAAAUGAAUACCUUAGUGCAGUUACUUGCUUUUGGUUCCAGUUCUUCAACUGUUGUUAUCUGUUUUAGAAAAUCAGAUUCUUGCAUCCCUGGCUGGGAUCCACGACGCUUAAAUACAGCUUUUGGAUUGGACAAGAUGACUUGAAGACUCACAGCAAAUCCUUUGUGAAAAGUUUAAAAAAAAAAAAAAAGACUUUAAAAUAAAAUAGUGGUGUACUUCCCUUUUUUCUGCAAAAUUUCCGGACACAUCAAAAAUUUUUUUAAAUGCCAAGUAUGUGCCAGGUCUUGGAUCGCCAACUUGAAUUAGGAGCAUUACAUGUGUCACAGUCUCAAAAGGAAAACCAGUCAUUACAAUGUAGUACAUUCAGUGUAAUGACAAAGGUGUAUGCGUGGGGUGGGGGCGAGGGCAACAUCUACUGUACAAUACAAAGUCUGGACUGUUGCUAAUCAGCUGCUCUUUCAUAGAGGUCAUCACACCCCGACAUUCAAAACCCUGGGAAUUAAGAAUUAAAAGCAGCUGAAGAGCUACAGACUUAGAGUAACCAUCCUCCGGGUAUGAGCGCACCCACCCAGGUCUCCUGCCUGUUCUUUAACGUUUUUAUAUGUGCUCUUACUGAACCAGCACUGCUGUGAUUUACUUUUGAGUUUAGAAGACUGAGGAAUUGAAGCCAGUUAGCUAGGAAAUGAAAAAUAUAUAAUCAUUUGGUUUAAAUUUCCAAUUUGGUUCAGCCUGACAAGGGUGGGGGGUUUGGAAAUCAGUGCAGGAGAUACCAGUCCAUUUGAUAAAUUUGGUUUUGAGGUUUAAUUUUUUUAAGGAAACAAAUGACUGUCAAUUUCCUUCAAUGGUUUGGUCAUAAAAUAUCAUUACUAUUUAAAUCUGUAGUUUAACAGACCCUGUGUUAAAGGCUUAGCCAUUAAACACUACAAGCUAUCUCAGUAAGCAACCGCUACAACCUUUGUAGUUGUUUUGAAAGUGUGAAGCCCUGUGCCCGAAAUGACUAAGCCAACACUGUAAAGUCAGACCCCCUCCCAGAAUCAGCUGUGAGGACCAAUCUCCAGGAGCAUUUCUUAGCAACAUUUUGCCCUCUUCUACAUUAACUGCAUUGAUUUAUGCUUCUUUUUGCAAAAGUAUAGUUAGCAAAGUAAGUACCAAAUGAUACCAGGCAGUAAUUGGGGAGUUGUGAGAAAACCACAACCAGCAUUCUCAUCACCUCUACACCUGCCAGGCUGGGCCAGUCCCACAUCUAGACCCUGUCCCUUUUAUAGGAAAACCUCCCACUAAGCUACCUACAAACACAACUUGGUACAUCACAUGCUGAGUGAGGCGGAAUAAUUAAAGCCUCAGCCUGAGGACUGGCCCCAGUAUCUUCCGCCAGUCCUGGAGGGAGGCAGCACAUUCUAGCAGAAGGAAUUUGGAAUUAGAAGCCUUUUGUUCUUGCCCGGAUCCUCGUACUUGGGACAUUGGCCAAGUCACUUAACCUUUCUUGAUCCUGAAACUUCCCCAUUUCCUCAUCUGCAAGAGGUGUGACACCUUUUCAACUCAGUGUCUGAUGUAAAAUUAGCAAAUGCAAAGACCUCACUAACUGCAGAGCAGUGUUCAUAAGGUACUACAGUAUAUAAAUACAAAUACCAUUAAAAAUACUAUGACGGGCUGGUGGCACUGGCCAUCAUUUACAGCUGGAAAACGGGGUUGACGACAGGAAAAGGGCCUGUGAAAGUGGUGGCAGAAUCAGGCCACCUGCAUCUCACAUCACUUGGCUAACAAGUCUGAAGCCUUCCUCAGACAGCUAAAACAGCCACACCCCUCUUCAGCAAAAAGCCAAAGGUGCCAAUUCACACAUAAAAAGGGACUUUUCUAAUAGGUGAACUCAGAUUUCAGUGUCAUCAGAUGCCUUGCUUCUUUUUCUAUAGUUGAGGACCUAGCUGAGGACCUGCCCUUCUCAAUCACUGAAGAUCUGGUACAUUUUUUACAUCGCUUCAAGGUACUAUUUCCCCAUUCUUAUUAAAAAAAAAAAAAAAAAAAAA